CAAAGCAAGCAAGCCAAGGGGAUUCUGAAUAUCUUCUUUCACAACCUUCUUUUCGUUUCUUCUGGAUAUCAUCUCCAGAUCUCAAGGAAUCAAACGAUCUAUUUUUCUGUUGAUAAUGGUGAUGAUGUCGAAUGAAUUUUUAUCUGAUGGGAGUGUGAUGAGAAGUCGAACUGAGAAUGGCAGUUGUUCCUUGAAUGGGGAUUCUGUUCUUCCCUCCAAAUGGAAGCCUCGCACUGUGUCUGCUGUUAGGAGUUUUCCACGAGGGUGUGGACCGAUUGUUCAGCCAGUUAAUGUGGUUUCUCAAGAACCAGAUGCAUCUUCAACGUUGGUUAAUAAUAAUAGUAAUGGAGCUAAGGAUGCUGCUGGGAUAUCGGCAGCACAGGUUGAAUCUUUGCCUCCUGAUGUGUCAAAAUCUACAGAGGAUGGAAGGGCAAUGUUGAUUGUGGAGCCUCACAUAGUGGAGAUAGAGGAGACCUUGGUGAAAAAGGAACUGGAGAAUGGAGAGGAUCAAGCUGUAUCAAAGGAGGUUGUUAAUGGCCCCGUGAAUGCAGUGGUUGAUGUAAAGCUUUUGUCACCAACACACGGGAUGGAAAAUGGUGUUUGUGUUAUCAAAGAAGCUACUCCAAAGAUCAAAUUUCCUCGGAGAAGAGUUUCUGCGGUUCGGGAUUUUCCUCCUUAUUGUGGUUUGAAUGCAACUGACCCAACGGAAGAAGAACGCAAAAGAAUUAAUGGAAAGAGUAGCUUUGGAACUGAGGAUAAGGGUGGUGCAGAAAAUGUGAGAUUGACAGAGGCUAUGGUGGUGGAUGUUCUCCAGAAAACUCAAACGGAUGAACUAAGCAAUGAGCCUCCCAUGGGAGAUGAAGUUGGAGGUGAAAUAUCAACAGAAAAAACUAUAGGUGGUGGUGAGCAAUCAAACAUAAACCUGCAAGAUGGGAAAAUCUUGAAGUUUGAACAUGAUAUUACUGGGGUUGAACCAAACAACAGGACCAUACCUCAAAACAGUGACAAAUCUGUCACAGGUCAAGGGUGCCAGGAGAUUGUGGUCUACAAGCGUGAUACAGUCUCGGAGGGAAGAUGUUCAGCUGAUGCCCAUGGUGAAGAUUCAGAAGAGGAGUUUCAAGAUGAGCAUGUCCAGAAUUAUGGAACACAGGAGAUUGUAGUGACACCAAGUAUCGGAUCACCUCAAAAAGACAUCAAGAAUAUCAUUGCUGAAUUUGAUAGACUGGGGCAUGAGAAACGCCUUAAGAAGAGGAUGUUUGAUGAUACCAACAAUGUAGGAUUUAUUGGAGAGAAAAGGAGGGUGGUGCUGUGUCUGAUGGCUCAAUCAUGUGGUCCACAAGAAAGUCAACAAGAGAAUUUAGCCAACUUGGAUGGUAUUACAACCAGUAAUGCCAAGGUGCAUGCCUCCAAAACUAAAACACCAAGGAAGUCUACAAAGAGAAAAGCUAAACAUGGAGAAAAAGAGUCGAGCUCCUCUGAGAAAAAGGUUGCGUAUACCGGUACACUUGAGAUGGUUGUGAGGGAUGACGAUGAUUUUGUUGUAGCUACUGAAGAACAAGGAGAAGAAGGCCCUCCUACUUCCCAUGGAGCACACAAUGUGGAUGUGGUGCUGCCUCCUUUUGGUCCCAAGAGUUCCAAUGAUGUCCGAAAUAAAGUUCGCGAAACUCUAAGGCUUUUUCAUGCUUUAUGUCGGAAGAUUUUGCAGGGGGAAGAAGCAAGAACAAGGGACGGCGAAGAAACAAAAAAAGGUCGAACUGAUCUUAUGGCAAAAACAAUUCUCCAAGAGAAAGGUAGAGCACCUGAUCGUGGUAAAAAAGCGUGGGGACCCAUACCUGGAGUUGAGGUUGGAGAUGAGUUUCAGUACAGAGUGGAGCUUGCUUUGGUUGGUCUUCACUGGACUCUUCAGGCAGGCAUAGAUUAUACUAAGAAAGGCAAAGAACUUGUUGCAGUUAGUGUUGUUGCUUCAGGGGGUUAUGAUAACGAACUUGGCAAGCCAGACGUCUUAACGUACUCCGGUUCGGGGGGGAUUGGAAAAGAUAAAAAGGUUGAAGACCAAAAGCUUGAAAAGGGAAAUUUAGCUUUGAAGAACAAUAUACUCACAAAGAUUCCAGUGCGAGUUAUCCGUGGAUCUAAAUCCAAGCCUACCGAACCUUCAGAUUCAAGAUCAAGGCCAAUCACAACAUACAUAUAUGAUGGGUUAUACACAGUAGAGAAGUACUAUCAGGAACCAGGACAGCUUGGCAAUAUGGUAUAUAAGUUUGAAUUGAAGAGAAUUCCAGGACAACCCGAGCUUGCAUUGAGGGAAGUCAAGUCCAAGAAAUUCGAGAAACGAGAAGGUAUUUGUGUUGAUGAUAUAACUGGCGGCAAAGAAGUGUUCCCAAUAUGUGCUAUCAACACAAUUGACGAUGAGAAGCCUCCUUCAUUCACUUACAUUACAAAGAUCAUCUAUCCAGAUUGGUAUUGCCCUGUUCCCCCCAAAGGUUGUGAUUGUGUUGGUCGGUGCUCUGACAAAAGAUGCUCGUGUGCUUUCAAGAAUGACGGUGAGAUUCCAUACAACCAUAAUGGUGCGAUAGUUGAAGCAAAGCCGCUGGUUUAUGAGUGUGGCCCGUCUUGCAGGUGUCCUCCUAGUUGCUAUAACAGAGUUACACAGAAUGGUAUGAAAAUUGAGCUUGAGAUCUUUAAAACCGAAUCACGAGGGUGGGGGGUGAGGUCUUUGAGUUCGAUCUCUUCAGGAAGUUUUAUAUGCGAGUAUAUAGGAGAGCUUCUGGAAGACACAGAAGCUGAGAAACGAACUGGGAACGACGAGUACUUAUUUGAUAUCGGACAGAACUAUAACGACUGUACAAAACCGAGCCCUGGGGAGGUAGUGGAGGGUGGUGGAUUCACGAUUGAUGCAGCACAUUACGGAAAUGUGGGUAGGUUUAUUAACCACAGUUGUUCACCAAAUCUGUAUGCACAGAAUGUACUUUACGACCAGGAGGACAAAAGAAUGCCGCAUAUAAUGCUUUUCGCUGCAGAAAAUAUUCCUCCGCUACAGGAGUUGACGUAUCAUUACAACUACGCAGUGGAUACGGUCCAUGAUUCUGAUGGCAAUAUAAAGAUCAAGAGUUGCUAUUGCGGUUCUUCAGAAUGUACGGGCCGGCUUUAUUAGGUAUGUAAGUGAAAUCAGACAUUUAUAAUACCAUCAAUUGCCAAUCUCUUUUUGUGCUAUAUGGUGGUGUUAGCUUUUGCGAUGCUUUACGCCAUGAUGUGUUAGAUUCUAUGCUAUGCCCAUGGUUUAGUUUCAACUAGUAUGCUCAUAUCCCUAAUGACACAAAUUGUAGCUCAA